GAGCCAACUAGGAAGCAGAACAGACCAGCUUGAGUUGACGGUUUAGCUAUGUGGUCAUGAGCGAAGGCAGUUGUUUUUGAAUCAUUUAACUGGGGUCAGAAGGGAGUCUCUUUAAAAUGGAAGGCUGACAGCUUAAAGAAAAGUCAGUGUAUUUAAGUAAACAUUUAUUAAAAGCUGAGCAACGAUGAUGUCAGAAUGUGACCCGCCGCCGGAGACCAGCGAGUCGGUGCUGGACACCGGAGCAACAGCGGUAACGUUACCUGUGUCAGAGUGUAACUUUUACUCCUCAGAGCCUGUGAAGGUAUUAUUUGACAGAGAUGGGACAGGGUUGGGACUUGCGGCAAACCCUGGAGUCGCUGUUCGUAUUUCGGACUCUUGUGAAAGCGUCUUAACCGAGCUGGAGACCGACGGCUCCGGCGAAGAGGCGCUGUUGUUACCGUGUUUAGCAGGAAGCUCGUGGUCUCCGCGGGCUGUACGAGAGAAGCGGAGCAGACACAGCUCGUCGUCGGAUAAAGACACCUUGGCCUCCCCAGGUACCAACAGUGGAGACUUCAACCAUUUCCCUGACGAUCCCGAGUUUGCAGAUAUUGUCAAAAGGGCGGAACAAGCUAUCGAGAACUGCGUCUUUCCGGAGAGGAUUUCCCAGGGUUCCAGUGGCAGCUACUUUGUCAAAGACCCAAAAGGGAAAGUCAUUGGUGUUUUCAAACCAAAGUCGGAGGAACCUUACGGUCACCUUAACCCCAAAUGGACCAAAUAUUUUCACAAGGUACAUUGUGUGACAUGUAGUAUGGGUGUGUUAACAAUCAAACAGGCUGCCUGCACUUUCAGAAUCCGCUGGUUUCUUUAUGUUUCUGUGAUGAGGUGUGUCUUUGUUGUCCAGGUGGGCUCCUUUCAGCUGUUUGUGGAGGGUUACCGUGAAGCGGACUACUGGCUGCGGCGCUUUGAGGCCGAGCCUCUGCCAGAGAACAUCAGGAAGCAGCUGCACUCGCAGUUUGAGCGGCUGGUAGUGUUGGACUACAUCAUCAGAAACACAGAUCGAGGGAAUGACAACUGGUUGAUCAAGUAUGAGAAGCCGGGAGGGGAGGGCCAAAAGGAUCCAGAGUGGUCAGAGAACAGCUCCGAGUCCUGCAUUAAGAUCGCAGCCAUCGACAACGGCCUGGCCUUCCCCUUUAAACACCCGGACGAAUGGAGAGCCUACCCAUUCCACUGGGCAUGGCUCCCCCAGGCUAAGGUGGCCUUCUCCCAGGAGACCAGAGACCUGGUGCUGUCCCGCCUCUCUGACAUGAACUUUGUCCAGGACCUCUGUGAAGACCUCUAUGAAAUGUUCAAGACGGAUAAAGGCUUUGACAAAACCAUGUUCGAGAGACAGAUGUCUGUUAUGAGGGGACAAGUGUUGAACCUGACCCAGGCGCUGAAGGACGGGAGGAGCCCCAUCCAGCUGGUGCAGAUGCCUCGGGUGGUGGUGGAGCGCAGCCGCUCGGGCGGCCAUGGUCGCGUGGUCACGCUCGGCAACGCCUUCACACAAACCUUCCACUGCAAGCGGCCCUUUUUCUCCUCGUGGUAGUCCGAGACGGGGUAGGAGGGCGAGCCGAGGAGAGACUUCUCCAACAGGUCUUUAUUUUUUAAUUUUUUUGUCCUGAAGUGAGGGAGAAGACGUGAAUAUCGCCACUAGACACUGCUCCUAUUUCUCUGGCAAGAGAAGAAAUGAAGAAGAAGAAGCUGAUAGAAAGUGAUGAUGGAGACACUGGGCUCCGGUCCAUGCCCCGGGGUUGUGAAGAGAACACAGAAGCAUGGCAGCUGGAGAGAUUGGCCUACCAUUGUCUCAUUGAGACCUUGGGUCUGUUUGUGGUUACCAUGGUGACUUGAUUAGAUAAUCAGCUUUUCCACAGAGGUGGGCUUUGUUUAUUGUUCGAAGGCAGAAAGGAUUAUUUUAUUUUUUUUAACCCACCCAAAGUACCUACUGAAGUCUCUAGCCAGGUGUCUUAGUGGGGUUAAUGGCCAAAGAAAAGUAGCUGCAGAACACAGAAGAACCAGAUCUGUGGGCCGCUAUUUUGGGGAAUUUAAAGCACUGCUUUCACAGAUCUCUCCAGAAAGGGAUUUUUAAAAUCUACGUGAACGUUGUUCCUGGUCUCGGAUAAAGUCCCAAAACUAUUUGCUUUGCCUUGUAGGACUACUUGUGAAAAUACAGAUGUGGACUUGCACUGCUGGAGUGUGUUCGACGAGUUCUCCAGAACCGGGUCAAACCACUGUUUACCCAGUGCUUGUUUUCACAAUCUGUUGAACAAACAGUGUCUUCAACUCUCACUACUGCCAAAAUCUGCUUGUGGGAGGAAUAUUUUAAAAGCCUCAAGAAGAGAAUAUUGUUGAAACUUGAAUAUGAAAUCUGGGGAAUGGAAGAACUAGUAAUAAGCACUGCUUGAAUGUAACCCGUUUACUACACAGAUUCUUGCUCCUCAACAUUUCAAUACGAGUGAAUGAAGUUAAUAUUUUUUUUGUAACAAUGAAUGUAUUUGUUGUUAGACGUGUUUAAUUGCCGGCAAGCAGCUUUCUCCUGAACCUGGCGGCAUGGGCGGGGGGACUACCUGGUCCUGCCCUUUACAGUAAAUUAUAGGAAGAGGAAGGAGGAGGAGGAGGAGGAUAUUUCACACUUGCUUUAUGCUGUUGUUUUUCUUAUGUAUGCAUCUUGAAAUUUCUAUCCCAACUUGAUGAUUGUAUAAGUAAAGUUGUAUAUUUAACAGAUGAAUAAUAAAAUUUGGGAAAUUUAAA